AUGGCUUCAGAAAGCAAAGAAAACUGGCGUCAGGAAGAUAUCGUCAGAUAUAGACGUGCUGCACGACCUAUUGCUAGAAGAGUAGUACGUCGUCGUCGUACUGCAGUUAGGGCCAACGGAGUUCAACCGCGAAUCAGAUUGAACCUUAGAAAUUCGGAGCUAUCUAUAGACGCACAAGCAGCGCGCACUUCACAAAUAUUACGGGCUGUUAGCGGACUGACCGAUGAAUUGAGGAGACGCAUUUUAGAGCUGGAAGCGGCGAAUAAUGGAUUGACGACUCAGGUCUCAGAUCUUACGGAGGCGGAGUUGAGACGAGGAAUAGAGGCCGAUGAAUUGAGGGGACGCAAUUUACAGUUGGAGAUGGCGAAUACUGGAUUGACGACCAAUUUAUACGAGCUCGAGCGCGCUGCAACUGCUCAAGAAAUAGAGAAGCUGAUUUUGAAAGAUCGCGCUGAAAAUUUGGAGGAGACACUGGCCACCAGAAACAGACGCGUUUCCAUGCUAGAGGCUGCUAUAAUUCAUAUGUAG